CGGUAAUUUCACAUCAGCUGUUAGUUUGUUGUUCGUUGCUUUAUAUAUUUUUAAGCGGGAAAAAUUAAUUUGGUGCUCACUUCGUGAAUUUGGAAAAAUUUUGCAAAAUGGAACCUCAAAAGAAAAUACGCAGGAGGGCAAUGCCUCAAAAAAAAUUUAGUGAGGAGGAAAACCAUUUGGUUCUAGAAUAUUUACUAGAAAAUGUGGAAAUUGAGAAACCAAACGCCCAAUUGUACUACCAAAAAUUAAUUGAAACAACAAAUAUCGAUGCUCUUUCAGCAAAACUUUCACAAAUGUGUCCGAAUUAUGAACGGUUUUCGGUUCUAUUUGGGAGUAAAUCCGAAGCCAAUUGUGUUGUGGAGACGUGCAACUCUGGAGUGUCACAAUACUGCAGCGAUUUUGCAGACCUUGUAGAGGUAGUGGAAAAUCCAGCCGAAUCAUCACAAUCAUCUGCGGAACCAUCGGGUUCACUUAACAACAAAGCAGAACAGACAAUAGUAGGAGCAGAGGUAGCAACAGUUCCUCCUACCACUCCGUCGUUCCUCGAAAAAGUGAAAAAACGUGCUCCAAAGAAUAUUCUUAGUGAACUUAAAGAUAUACAAAAGAAAAGAGAACAGUUUUUUGAGCAAAUUGAAAUUGAAAAGAAAAGUUGAAGCUAGAAGUGGACAGAGAAAAGUUAAAUAAAGAUUUUGAAAUAAAAAAAAUUGGAGUUAGAGCUAAAAGAAAGACUGGCAAUGAUUGAACUAAAGUACAAAUAUAAUAUAUAACAAUUUUAUAUGUUUUGUAUAAUAAUUUUUAAGAAUGUUUAUGUAAUAAGAAUGAAU